ACAUGACAACGCGCCAUUAAUUACUUGAUCCAAAAUGCCGUAGAUGACGGUGAAAAUCAAAUAUAUUCUUCAAAAUACAUCCAACAAUAUUUAGCUUCUUCCUUUUCGAUUUUGAGUCAACAGUUUUUUUGAUGUUAUCUUCACAAACUUAACUCAAGCAUGGCUCGACAAGGAGCUGCUUUACAAAGCUACAACAACGAGCUGGUGAAAUGCAUAGAAGAUCUAUGCAACAAGAGAGACGAAUUACAGAAACAAAUUCUUGUUGAAGAGGAGGAAAAAGGCAAAAUUCAAAAUGAUUUGAGAAUAUUGACAGAAAGGUUGGCUCGAAUUAAUGAGAGUCUUGCGAAAAAGAUUGCCUCUAGAAAUGAAUACGACAGGACAAUUGCAGAAACUGAAGCAGCUUACAUGAAGAUUUUAGAAAGUUCACAGACCUUAUUGCAUGUCCUCAAGAAGGAGGUGAACAAAGACACCAAAGUACCUGCAGUGGCAUCGAAUAUAAAAAGAGAAGCAGAACUGCCAUGAUUUAUUCACAUAAAUUUUCAUGUAAUAUAGAUACCACUUCGUGUAGAAUGUAAUUUACUAAUUAUACAUAAUGUCAAGCGUGGUG